GACUUCACGCAUGCGCACUCGGGAGUGGUUCAGUUCCUGGUUGGUGUGGAGGCCUCAAUCGGGUUAGCAGAGGUUAUCCUGGGGUUCUGGUUAUUCUGGCUGUCUUUCAGCGGUUCUGAUUCAGUUGGAUCAGCAGGAAAAUGUCUGCGGUCGCCACAUUUCACUCCCAGCUCGCCUCCAUCAUGGAGGUUCUGGCCAACACGGCGGUGGCGGAGAUCUGCGAGCUGGUGGACAGCGGCUACGCGGUGCUGCAGCUCGAGAUCUCCCAGAGCCGCAAAGAAAACGAGGUUCUGCGCAGGAAACUGCGGCUCCAGGAGCUCCGAGCGGCUCGGUCCGCCGCGCUCAGAGCCGCCGCAAGCGGCAGCGGCGCCGCGCUGCUGUAUGCGAGCGGCCGCCCGCGCGUCAACCAGGCGCGGAGGAACGCGGCGUCGACAGAAGCUGGGGCCCAGCUGUCCUUGACGUCCAGUCAGCAGACGUCUCUGUGCAGAGAGACCCGUCCCCCGUCAGAAUCAGGACAGGAAGCUGCGGCACAGAAGGGUGCUGAAGCUGAGACGACCGCAGGGAUCAAAGUGGAGGAUGAUGAAGACGAGUCCUGGUCUCCGUCUGAGCCCCAUAAGGGGUUCUGUGGUCUCUCUGAGGAACAAGCUGAGACAGAAGCUUCGUCCUCGCUGAUCAAACAGGAAGCUGCAGACAACAGAGAGGAUGGCUGCGUCUCGUGGACGAGCGGGGAAGUGAGCUCCACCUCCACCCAACGCGCCCUGAACACCAAUCAGAGGCCAGAAACCAGCAGUUACGACUCCCUGGUGCUGCAGCACACUUCCCACAAUCCUCCAGCAACAGAACAGGGCAGCUCCUCCGGUUUUAUUCCCAGCAGGAAUGUUCCAGCUGAUUCAGGGAGCAGCUGUCUGACUGCAGCAGAGAGGCACCAGCAGCAGGGGGCGCCACAAAGACAAGCUGCAGGGGGACAGAGCUCCAUCAUCAGGAGGGAUGGGUGGCGGUUACAGAGCCGGGUCGGCAGAGACGACUCCAGAGAGAGGACGUUCAUCUGUAACUUCUGCGGGAAAACUCUGGCCUGCUUGAAAAACCUGAAGACCCAUAUGAGGGUCCACACGGGCGAGAAGCCAUACGUCUGCUCCCUCUGCGGGAAACGCUUCUCCGACUCCAGCAACCUGAAACGACAUCAGAGCGUUCACACCGGCGAGAAACGCUACGGCUGUGUGCACUGCGGGAAACGCUUCGCUCAGUCCGGCUCGCUGAAGGUCCACAUGAGCGUGCACAUGGACUGCAACCAGUUCCGGUGCUCGUUCUGCGGGAAAACCUUCACGUCUGGAGGACAUCUAAGGAGACACGUGGCCACGCACACUGGAGAGAAAUGAUUGGCUGCUGCGUUACCCUGGCAACGUGUUCACAAAGCUGCACGGAAGCUUGAGCAGGAGAGGACCUGUGGAUCAGACAGAAACUAACUAACUUCAGCUGAUGCUGCUUUCCUCAGCAGUUUGGAGACUGUGCAGAAGUUUUAAACCAGCCCUCAUUCUUCUGUUACCCCUUUUCCACCAACGCGGUUCAGAAGCCGUUCCGGUUCCUGAACGUGAUUUCAAACCCGUGACCCGCGGCUCCACCAACGAAGAGGUUCCAGAGCACGAACUCUGGUCCAGCUCGGGCCACGCAGAAUACUUGGUUCUUCUGCGCGAACCGUAACGUCACUGUUGGUGGGUCAAACAAUAGAAGCAGCGAGUACAGCGGCGGAGAGGAUGAACGUCCCGUAUAAACAUAAUGUUUGUAAAAACACACUAAACAUGCAUUGUAUAUCUACUGGUUUCUGCUGAACAUAUGCAAACAUUGUACGUACCAUUGUUCUUGCUGCGAGUCCGUGUCUCAUGUUCCGUAUUAACUGUAAUUCAUGGAUGCUGUUUCUGUAUUAGAAGGAACAGCAGCUCAUUGAGUUCUGCUGGCUCGCUACCAGGCUCCUCCCACGCUGGCGAUGACGCAUCCUUGGUUCUCAAUAAAACACCAAAGUUUUAAGGCA